AUGAAUGAAUUAAUGAUUACAACGAACGUGUCCUGUUUCACAAAAAUGAAAACUUUGUCAAAUACUACGAAUAAAAUGCAAUCAAUUCGUUAUGCAGUGUACUCAAUACUCCACGGGAUCAUUUUGUACGUUUUCGUCUGUUCUGUUAGUAACGAAAGCGUUCGUGCUGAAAGUCUCUUUCAUCAGGUAUAUUACAAGGAUGGCGUGUGCAAACAGAUCGACGCUGCUAUUCGAGAAAUUUGUUCAGUAGAUGUCCCGCCGAAAUUUGAUACUGAAAACGACAACAUUUUGGUACCUUUAGGUCACCGACUAUACGAAAAUGAACUCCUGAAUGUUCACAACAUUCAGUGAACGCCUACCUGUGUCAAGUAGAAUAUCUCAUGAUGCUCCGAUCGUAAUCAUGUUAAGAAGUCGACUUUCUGAAAUAAAUUCCGCUUAAUCUCA